AUGGAUUAUGAACCUCCAUUGUUAGAAGCCUCCCAGAAACUUCUCCGAAGAUCGUCAGACACGAGAACGAUGAACUCCAAGUCAACAACAUCAUCAAUAUUAUCAACGGCAGUGGAGAGCAGUACUUGUGAGCUACCUGUGAUUGAUCUUGGCCGUUUAAACAGCAAUACUGACCAUCUUGAGAGAGAAGAGUGCAAGAAGCAAAUAAUUGAAGCUGCUAAACAAUGGGGUUUUUUCCAACUUGUGAAUCAUGGGAUAUCACAACAAUUCUCGCAGAUGUUGCUGUCGUCAGAGGGAUUAAUCAAAGCGUUUCAUAGGCCUUUUGCAGAUAAGUCCCAACAAUCUUCCACAACUGUUCAUUACAAGUGGGGCAACCCUUUUGCUACUAAUCUCAAGCAGCUUCUAUGGUCAGAAGCCUUCCAUAUAUUUUUUCCACAUGGACAAGCAAACAUGGAUGAAGACGACCACCACACAUGUCUUAGAUCGAUUACUGAAGCAUUUGUGAGAAAGGUGGCUCCUCUGGCAGAAAGCUUGGCGGAAAUCUUGGGUCAGGAAUUGAACAUCAAAUCCAGCUACUUCCGAGAAAUGUGUUUGCCAAACACGAGUUUUCUUCGGUUAAACAGAUACCCGCCAUGUCCGAUUCCCAAACUGGUGUUUGGUUUGUUGCCUCACACUGACUCCACUUUCCUGUCCAUCGUGUACCAAGGCCAGGUUGAGGGAUUGCAAUUGCUGAGAGAUGGAAAAUGGAUUGGAGUGAAACCAAAUCCUCAUGUUCUAUUGGUCAAUGUAGGUGAUUUAUUCGAGGCAUUGAGCAACGGAGUAUACAGAAGCAUAAUACACAGAGUGGUCGCUGCAGAGAAGGAAGAAAGGUUCUCUGUGGCAUAUUUCUAUAGGCCUUUCGACGACGCAGUGAUAGAGAGCCAUGGCACGCCUAGGGUUUACAGAAGCUUCACUUUCAAAGAGUAUAAACAGCAAAAUGAGGAAGCUUUGAAGCAGACCGGUAAUAAAGUGGGGCUCUCUAGGCUUCUUUUUGUCGAAGAACGUUGA